GGUGCAACUCUGGCACGAGCCCGCUAUUCAUCGAGACAUCAGCAUGCUUAUCUCCGACCGUGCCGAGGUUCAACAGAUGUUGAGGAGGUUUCAGCAGCUCACUUUAGAUUGGCAAGGAGAGCUCAAAAAGCUGGAGGACCCGUCGCAGAACGAGUCAUUCCCAGACCUCCAGACUGAACAAGAUUGGGCCGAGAGUGUUCGUCAGCAUAGUGUCAAGGAUGGCCGCUUUCUCAUGGAGCAUGUGAGGGAGCUGCAGCAGCGGAUUUCUGAGAUAGAUGUGAAGGUGGAGCUUCUCAACGAAAGGCUUCACCGCCCAGAGUCUGCACGAGUAGUUGCACUGUCGCUUUUCUACUGGACGCCUCACAAUGUGGCAUCACCCGGCGCCAGUGAUUUCUUGCGCUGGCUGACACAAGCUACGAAGGUUGAGCUGCCGAAGCCUGUCGAAAAUCAAAGCAAACCGGAGGUCGCAGAGAAGCUUCGCAAGCAAGUACAGCAUUUGCAAGAACUUGUGAAGGAGAUGCAGCGCAACCAAUCCAACACAUCAGGGUGGCAUAACGAGCGGCAUCUUCGGGGUACAGAGGAGAAGAUUCAAGCACCCAGAGAUUUUAACUUCGAAGAUUCGAUUCAAAGAAAGGACACUCUGACAGCGUUUGGCUACAAAGGCAGCUUCACAAGGCCUCCUUGUACACCCGUCGUGCGAUGGUUUGUGGUGAGUGAACCUCAAGCAGCAACUGCCAAGGACCUACUGUCUUUGGCAUCAAAUUUGCUACAGUCAGAUCAUUCAACGCAGUGCCAGCAAGCGGAAGGAUUGGAAGUUUGUGGGAUGGGCAUUCAGCCUUCUGAUGGUGUAUGGUGGAGAGGGCCCAUCAAGGAGACUCCCCAGUCCAACCCGGUCUUUCCCAGCAAGCCAAUGAGCACAACUUCACUUGGCUUUGGGUCAUUCCACAAGCCCAAAGAGACCCACCUCAGUUCGGAGCUGGUUUCGCAGCUGCCUUGGCCUUACAUUCAAGCCUGCUGCGCCGUUCUUUUGCUUUGUUCAGUCGCCAUGUUGGGAACGACAUGCUCUAUGUGGUCACAUCAAUGCUGUGAUCAGUGAGUUGAAAAGACUCACCCGAAGCCGAUGACAAGCUUUGCGGCCGUUGUACUGCGAAGCUUC